UAAAAUUGACUACCAAGAUAGAUAGAAGAUACGAAACCACCGGUACUCAAAAGAGCAACAGAAGAACACAAUGCUACCUCCUGCAUGGAAGAAAGCCAUCAUAGUCCUCUACAGCAUUCUACUUACAGAUGUUGUGGUGGUGUAUGUUGCGGGUUUGAUCCUUUAUAAGGAGACCUGGGUUUGUACUAAUUGCCGAGUUGGUCAAGAAGCUUCUCGUGUCCCUCUAUUGGUGUACUUUUCAGUCUGGAAUAUCUGGUUGACCAUAGCAGUAUUUUUGUCUUGGAUUUUCUUGGAGAAGAAAGCUGUAAACCAAGAGGGAGAAAGCAGUGGCACAAUCAAUGAUCUGGAACAAGGGGAAGACAAUGGGGCAGCCCCAACCAUGUUUCAAAGGAGGACUGCUACCCAAUAUCUGUUCUCCUUGGCUCUGCCAUUGGCCCUGACAGUAUCAAUAACCUACAUUUACUACAUUUCCACAAGGCCAGCUUCUGAGUUUUACAAUGAAGAUCUCUGUUACACUGCUUGGCGGUCAGCCAUAUCACGUGAAUUGGAAAAGUGGAUGGCUGAUUUGUAUCUCAUUGGUGCCAUCAUUUCCGAUUUCACUAUGCACUACCUUUGUAGUGUCCUGCUCUUGGUCCUCUUAUUCUCUGGAGAACUCUGUUAUGUGGUUGCCCUCCCUUUGUCAACCAUUUUCUCCAUUUUCUUGGGCAUUAUCAUUGUUCUUGUCCAGCAGAGUGGCAUCAGUGUGUACUGUGGUGGCAACAUUUGGUUCAAUGUUGGGAUCAUUUGCCUGUUCACCCUGAUCUUUCAUGUUACAUUUUAUCUUGGAGCCAAUGCAAGAAAAGUGGGUUGCUCUUGCUGCAUCAAGGAUACACAGCCAAGCGAAAACAACACCGAUACAAGUAGAACCAAACAAGAGGGCACAGAGGCACUGGAGACGUCAGACGAGUAUCAUAGUUGUGUGGAGCCUUAGCUUGACGUGACGAGAAGAGUGCAUGUACUACUAACUAGAUAACUCUAGACACCUGAGAAGAGAGAAGCCUCUUAUUGCCAGCGGGCG